GUUGCAGUGCCGGUGUAGGAGUUUUAAACAUCAAUAUAGAACUAGAAUGUUUUUGUUGCAGUGUGUGGCAGUUUUGUCGAUUCUAACCACGGUCUGGGGAGCAGGCUAUCCCGGAAGAGGGGGCGGUGGACAUGGAGGUGGAGGUGGACAGGAUGGUGGCGCUGGCGGCGGUGGUGGCGGUGGAGGUCCUCCAAUCCCAAUAAUUAAGCUGGAAUCGGAACUUAAAGGGGAUGGAUCCUAUCAAUACGAAUAUGAAACUGGAAACGGAAUUCAAGCUCAAGAAAUGGGUUUUGUGAAAAGUCAAGGUAUGAAAGAUCACAUUAAAGUUGCAGAAGGGUUUUUCUCCUACACAAGUCCGGAAGGGAAGGAAAUACAAGUUCAGUAUAUUGCCGAUGAAAAUGGCUUUCAACCACAAGGAGAUCAUUUACCAACGCCACCACCCAUUCCCCCGGAAAUACAAGAGGCUUUGUUGAAAGGAUGCGAGGAAAGUGAUGAUCAACCAGGGUCUACCCCGGGUCCGGGCUACUUUUAUUAACAAGCGUAGAUGCCCGAUAUUUAUGCAUGUGCAUAGACAUCUAGCAGAUUUAUUAUCAUUAAUGUGUGUUAAUUCAAAUUAAAUCAGAGACAUCGUUUACGCCGCUAGUAAAAAUUUUUAUUAACAUAUAUAUCAACAUGUAAGAUUACACCUUGCACUAUGGAACAAGUAGUUCUGUAAUAAAUUUUUUUUAGUGGCAGAAAUGGUGACUCUUCUAAAUUUCUGUAAAUUUAUUAUUUUUGCAGAUACAUAUGGGUUACAGAGAAGUGAUAACUAUGAAGGAAAUAAAGUUAU